CAUCCUUUAUAUAAGAUUACGAAAAGGCAAUGCGUAACGCGUUAAAAGGUCUGCAUCCCAACAUGAAUUUUUACGCCUGUUGGUUUCAUUUUACUCAAGCAUGCAAGAAAAAUGCCAAGCAAUCGAGUGGUUUUGAAAAUACGCUGAAAUGCAAUAAGAAAGCUUACAUGCUAUUUAUGAAAUUUUUGCACUUGCCGCUUUUACCAGAAAGCAAAAUUGUCGAAGCAUUUAACCUUCUAAAAGGCGAAGCAAUAAACUUAAAUAAGAAACUGUUUUCUCCAUUUUUAAAAUAUUUUAAUAGACAGUGGCUUAAAAAGGAGGGACCAAAAAGCAUAUCCGUGUUUAAGAGGUCAACUAGAACCACGAGCUCAGUAGAAGCUUAUAAUUUGAAUUUGGGAAAUAAAAUUCGAGCAAAUGGGCACUUUUUUAAAUUUGUUCAAUGUCUUAUUGAUGCAGAAUAUGAAAAAAGUCGCGAGUUUGCUUUACUCUUUCAAAAUGGUGGUAAUGGAAAUCAGACACAGAAGAAGAAAUUACGUGAUCGCUCAAAAAAAAUAAUGGACGCAAUGGAUCUUUUUGAAAGAGGUGAAAUAGAUAUACAGGGAUUUCUGACAUGCACUGUUUCCUUAGCUGACCGCUUUUCAAAGCAGGAAUUCUUUGAAGGGGUGGACAAUGAAAGCAAUUUAACUGGAAUGUCUUCUGAUAUGAAAUCUUCCACAUCGUCACUUUCAUCGAAUGCUUCUCAUUCAAGUCAGUCAUCUUAUAAAUCAUUGGUUCAAAUGAAUCCAUGCAAUGUGUGCCUAUGUAACCCAAAGUCUGUGUUGUUGCGCCCGUGCAAUCACGUAAACAUUUGUGGUACAUGUUGGGAUCAAAUUGUGGCCCACAACCAAGCAAAAAAAGAGUUGGAAGAAAAUGAAAAUAUAAAGCCAAAAUGUCCAAGUUGCAACCGAGAAGUCGAAGAGGCCAUACGCAAUGUUUUUAUUUACAAUUAACUUGUGUAAGUUAAGAACGACAAAAUUUAAGAAAACUUCUAUUAUGAUUUCUGUGUAUUUGGACUAUUGCACAUUUUUUAAUUUCAAUAAAAUCAUGC